AUGGCUGCGAGUAGCGAAAGUGAUGAUGGCAACAUCACAGUUGCAUCCUAUGUCCUAGGCACGAUUGGCACCGUCCUCUGGUGCAUCCAGCUGAUUCCUCAGAUCUGGUAUAACUGGCGACGGAAGAAAACCGAUGGGUUUCCGCCUUUGAUGAUGCUUUUGUGGGCUUCUUGUGCCGUGCCGAUGGGUGCUUAUAUGGUUUUGCAGGAGGUCAAUUUACCGUUACAGAUCCAGCCGCAGAUUUUUGGCUUCUUUUCGCUGGUGAGCUGGGGGCAGAUAUUAUACUAUAAUCAUAAUUAUACUUGUCUCAAGUCAACGUCGUUAGUUGUGGGUACGGCGAUGUUGUUUGGUGGGAUUGAGACGUUGUUAAUUCUCACUUUGAGGAUACCUUAUAAUAAGGGCGUGACCUGGCCGGACCUGGUGGUUGGAGUCGUUGCGGCAAUUCUACUAGCAUCUGGGCUUGUGCCGCCGUAUUUUGAACUGUGGAAGAGAGAUGGUCGGGUAAUUGGGUUCAAUUGGGUGUUUCUGUCCAUUGAUACCCUGGGAGGACUGUUCUCGCUGUUCGCUCUAGCUGCCCAGGGAUCGUUCGAUAUUCUCGGAGGGAUCAUGUACAUUCUCGUGGUUGUCCUCGAGGCAGGUAUCUAUGCAAGCCAUAUCAUCUGGCGGAUUCGAUACCGCGCAGUACGCAAGGAAGCCAAGGCAUCUGGCAGAAGCAUCGAUGAAGUGCUGGAGGAGCGAAAUCAGGUCGAAACGCCUCAGGAUAAUAAGAAAGAUGGGAUCGUUUCUCAUCACCGAGGGAACAACAGCCCUGUGCAGCAGCAGCAGCACUCGGAGCCAAAAGUAACGCAAAGCAUUUCGGAGGGAAAUGAUGCCGAUGCCUGA